GAACGUGACUACAAUCAUGCCACCGAUGGGGAGUACAAGAAGCUCCGUGCCAAAGCUGACGACUUGUACAAGAAAAGGAACCAACUCAGUCAACAGUCGCAACAGGCAUAUAAAAGCGGCGACAAACAAAAGGCACACGAGUUGAGUGAGAAAGCAAAGCAGAUUGUAGAUGAAGCUGAAGGCUAUAAUCGUCAAGCAGCGGAGUAUGUGUUUCGGGAGAAUAACGCCGACUCUGGCCCAGAUGAAAUCGAUCUUCACGGCUUAUAUGUCAAGGAAGCCGAGUAUAUCUUGCAGAACAGAAUAGCCAACGACAUCAGGACCAAUCAGUCGCACUUGAGAGUAAUUGUAGGUAAAGGGUUACAUUCAGCCAAUGGUAUAGCCAAGUUGAAACCAGCCAUCGACCAGAUGUGUGACGAGUGCAACUUAAAACAUAAACUCGAUCCACAUAACUCAGGAGUCUUGGUUAUCGACUUGACCAAUACCCAGUCUUCACAGGUUCCAAACCACUGGGGGCCAGUUUCGCAACCACAAGCUGCUUACCAUGGCUCUGGCCAGCCCCAGUACCAACAGCAACAACAAGGUGGACAGCCUGGUUACUACCAGCAACAAGGAGGCCAGGGCCAGAACUCCGAUGUGUCCAACAUCCUUGUCAAGAUCCUCUGCUUCUGUGUCAAAAAC